AUGCUAAUGAUGCAUAUUCAUGAGGCCCUCGAGGAGCUCCCGCCCUGCCCGCCUCCCGCCUUUCCGCUCCUGGCGCGGGCGGCCUGGGACCGGCCGCGGGAGGAGAAGGCGGCCGCAGCGUCGACCCCCGGCCGCCCCCAGUCGACCCCGGGUGCAAACGGGGCGGCCCCGGAGAAAGCGCCCCCGCCGCCCACCCUGUACGUGCAGCUCCACGGAGAGACCACCCGGCGCCUGGAGGCGGACGAGAAGCCGUUGCAGAUCCAAAAUGACUACCUCUUCCAGCUGGGCUUUGGGGAGUUGUGGAGGGUGCAGGAGGAAGGCAUGGACUCGGAGAUUGGCUGCCUCAUCCGCUUCUAUGCAGGAAAACCUCACAGCACCCGUAGCUCUGAACGGAUUCAGCUCUCAGGAAUGUAUAAUGUCCGUAAAGGCAAAAUGCAGUUGCCAGUGAACCGAUGGACCAGACGCCAAGUCAUCCUGUGUGGGACCUGCCUGAUAGUGUCAUCUGUGAAGGACAGCUGGACCGGAAAGAUGCAUGUUCUGCCACUCAUUGGUGGAAAAGUAGAAGAAGUGAAAAAGCACCAGCACUGUUUAGCAUUUAGCUCCUCUGGACCCCAAAGCCAGACUUACUACAUCUGUUUUGAUACAUUCACAGAGUAUUUAAGGUGGCUUCGACAAGUCUCCAAGGUGGCUUCGCAGCGCAUUAGCUCAGUGGACCUCUCAUGCUGUAGCCUGGAGCACCUGCCUGCCAACCUCUUCUACAGCCAAGACCUCACGCACCUCAACUUGAAACAAAACUUCCUAAGGCAAAAUCCCUGCCUGCCCACUGCCAGGGGCCUCAGCGAACUGCAAAGGUUCACCAAGUUGAAGAGUCUUAACCUUUCCAAUAAUCAUUUGGGGGAAUUCCCAUUAGCCGUCUGCAGUAUUCCAACCCUGACUGAGCUGAACGUGUCCUGCAAUGCCCUUCGCGCAGUCCCGGCGGCCGUCGGAGUUAUGCACAACCUACAGACAUUUUUGUUGGAUGGAAACUUUCUCCAGGCCCUUCCUCCUGAGUUGGAGAACAUGCAUCAGCUUAGUUACCUUGGUCUUUCUUUUAAUGAAUUCACGGACAUUCCAAAGGUUUUGGAGAAACUGACUGCUGUGGAUAAACUUUGUAUGUCUGGAAACUGUAUGGAGACCCUUCGGCUACAGGCCUUAAGAAAAAUGCCUCACAUUAAACAUGUGGACCUAAGACUGAACAUAAUUAGGAGGCUAAUAGCAGAUGAAGUGGACUUUCUCCAGCACGUCACUCAGCUUGAUCUGCGAGACAAUAAGCUCGGGGACCUCGAUGCUAUGAUUUUCAACAACAUUGAAGUUUUGCACUGUGAAAGGAAUCAGCUGGUGACAUUAAACGUCUGUGGCUACUUCCUAAAAGCACUCUAUGCCUCUUCUAAUGAACUUGUACAACUGGAUGUUUACCCAGUUCCAAAUUAUCUGUCCUACAUGGACGUUUCAAGGAACUGCUUAGAAAACGUGCCUGAGUGGGUAUGCGAAAGCCGAAAGCUGGAAGUUUUGGAUAUUAGCCAUAAUCAAAUAUGCGAACUUCCUGCACGCUUAUUUUGCAACGGCGGUCUCCGGAAGCUGCUGGCAGGACACAAUGAGCUGACGAGGCUCCCCGAGAGGCUGGAAAGGACCUCGGUGGAGGUCCUGGACAUUCAGCACAACCAGCUCCUGGAGCUGCCACCGAACCUUCUGAUAAAGGCCGACAGCCUGAGAUUCCUGAAUGCGUCUGCCAACAAACUGGAAACCCUUCCGCCGGCCACUCUCUCGGAAGAGACGAACAGCAUCCUGCAAGAGUUGUAUCUGACAAAUAACAGCCUCACAGACAAAUGUGUGCCCUUGCUAACAGGACACCCCCAUCUGAAGAUCCUUCACAUGGCCUAUAACCGACUUCAGAGUUUUCCAGCAAGUAAAAUGGCAAAACUGGAGGAACUUGAAGAAAUUGACAUCAGCGGGAAUAAACUGAAAGCCAUCCCGACCACCAUCAUGAACUGUAGGCACGUGCACACCGUGAUCGCUCAUUCUAAUUGCAUUGAAGUCUUCCCAGAAGUGAUGCAGCUCCCGGAAAUCAAGUGCGUGGACCUGAGCUGUAAUGAGCUAAGCGAGGUCACUUUACCAGAAAACCUGCCUCCAAAACUACAAGAACUGGACCUGACUGGAAACCCUCGACUUGCCCUUGACCACAAAACCCUGGAAUUACUGAAUAAUAUCCGCUGUUUCAAGAUCGAUCAGCCUUCAGCAGGAGACACAUCUGGAGCCCCAGCUGUAUGGAGCCAUGGCUACACUGAAGCCUCAGGGGUGAAAAACAAGUUGUGUGUCGCAGCCCUGUCGGUGAACAACUUCUGUGACAACCGAGAGGCCCUGUUCGGGGUGUUUGACGGGGACCGUAACGUGGAGGUGCCCUACCUGCUCCAGUGCACCAUGAGCGACAUUCUGGCCGAGGAGCUGCAGAAAACAAAAGCCGAGGAGGAGUACAUGGUGAACACGUUCAUCGUGAUGCAGAGGAAGCUUGGAACUGCGGGGCAGAAACUUGGAGGUGCUGCUGUCCUCUGUCACAUCAAGCAUGACCCGAUGGACCCAGGAGGGUCCUUCACCUUGACCUCUGCUAACGUGGGCAAGUGCCAAACAGUUCUCUGUCGGAAUGGGAAGCCACUGCCUCUGUCCAGAUCAUAUGUCAUGAGCUGUGAAGAAGAACUGAAGAGAAUUAAACGUCACAAGGCCAUUAUCACGGAGGUGAGGCGAGCAUGGGUUUCCUCAGGAAGGGGGGGCGGGGUCAGGGCAGAAACCAGCAAACUUCCAGAUCAGUGGCUUCACAAAGCAACUGCCUUGUCGGCUGGUGUGGACCUAACGUGCAGGGUGGGCUGGCAGCUCUCCAGCCGGUGUCAGGCUGUGCCGGCCGCGGGGAGCCCCCUCUAUUCAGGGACGGGCCUGGAGCUUGCUGUCGCUGCUCCUGGGGCCGCCGCGGGGACCAUCGGGCGCCGCAGGCCCAACGGCUCCGUGGCGCCCCAGGAGAGGAGCCACAACGUGAUCGAGGUGGCCGCCGAAGCGCCUCUCCGCAGGCCCGGGGGCUAUUUUGCGGCGCCAGCGCAGCCGGACCCCGAGGAUCAGUUCAUCAUACCCCCGGAGCUGGAGGAGGAGGUGAAGGAGAUGAUGAAGCAGCAGCCGCGGCCACCGGGCCCCGCGGACCAGCUGGCAGACUGCUGUGACACGCCGCUAUGACACCCCCCUCAACGCCAUUUAACGAAUAAACUAACCCAGAAAGACUGAGUUGCAAGAGUCUCCGAGGCUCACCUUAAACCAGGGGUUCACUCCACGCCCUCCCCCCUCCUCUCCGCAUCUGUCCUGGGCUCGCCUUCUUGGUCAUUUUUUUUAAUAAUUACUUUUCUCCUAGCAACGCUUUACCGACAUGAUUUACGUUUGUUAACUUCUUCCCCUAACGUAUCAGAUGUGUAAAGACAAAGAACAAAAGGUUUAAUAUAUUACAGAGAAAUGGUUAAUGUAAUAUUUUUUAAAAUGACUUUUUCUUGUUGGGAGGGCUGGUGGCCAGUGCUAAAUGAUUUAAUAAUAUUGUAAUUCCGUUUUUCUUUGGGGGAAAAGGUUUUUUGUUUUUUUGUCUUGAAAAUGAUAGACAUUUGUAGAAUAUGGAGACUAACUCCUAGGAGUUGCUUACUGUCAGGUGACUUAAAGUCACUGGGAUUCACUAAUUUUCUCUGAGAGAACAGUUGAUUGAGAAAUUUCUAUUGUAAAUAGCUCAGCGCUGUAUAGUGACGCUUCAGACAUUUUGUAGUUUUGGUGCAAGGACGCGGCCUAAACCACGGGCACUUCCCUCCCCCGCCCACCUCCUAAUGCCGCCGGGCCCUCGGUGCAGAGGCUGAGCAGCUAAGGGGCUUCUGUCCCCACCAGGUGGCUCUCAGGCCACCAGAUAGUAACCUGCACGCAGGGGCCCCUGAACCUUCCUCCUCUGCCCACCCCCCCCCCCCAGCCUCCUGAUGUUUGCGGACACUUGGUGCCCCUCACCGCGGCCACAAUCAGCAUGACUUAGAACGUGCGCCUAGAUCAUUCACAGCCGGGAGUGCUACUGAGCAGAAUGCACAAAUGAACAUGUCAUAAUUUUUGUUAUAAUAAAUAUAAAAUUUACGAGUA